UUGUUUUUCUUCUUUUUUUUUUUUUUUUUAUAUAACGUGUUUCGCGCAGCCAUCAGCGGCGCCGGCAACGCUGCCGUUUAGAAAUAUGUACAAUUAUGUCACGUGACUGAAUUAGCAACAUUCGUGUGAGGCCAUUUUUAAUUGAAGGGUGAUCUGAUUUACAUUUUUUAAACGCCUCGCCCCAGUCAUCUCCUUUGCCGGCAAUAAUUUUUAAAAUGACCUUUCGACGUGUUCCGUCACAAAAUUGAUUGAUCAAGCUCAACUCAACUCACACCAGGAUUGUAACGUUUUAAUCUUAAAUGUAAUUUUGUGCCUCACAUAAUUCUUUGAUUGCCCACUUGACGACAUAAACCCACCGCCCAAUAAUAACCUCAAAUGUGAAUCAUGUAAAUUUUUUAAUAUUCCAGUGCACCUCCGAACGUUAACUUCCUGUCCCGCUUUAUGCAGCGACGACUUUCUCGCCGGACACACGACGCACACGCGUGUAUUCCGGCGUCCCGCUAGACCCGCGGCGGCGGCGUGUCGCGCGAACGCCGCUCGAGAGGAGCCGCCGAGGCUUGACGGUGUUUACUGCAUGCCACGCUCUGCCCGAUGCAACGUCUCCCCGGUGUUUAUUCUGCGCUGCGCGAAACAGCUCGGCCCAGACAAAGCGGGCACGCGCGCCAGCCGGGCGGCCUGCUGACGCCGCCAUGCGGCGAGGUCUAUAAAGAGGCCCCCCCUCCGGAUCCGAUCGGCCGUUGCUUCUGGACGCCGCCGCCGUCAUCAUGAGCAAGAUCAUCUUCUUCGAGGAUCGCAACUUCCAAGGUCGCCACUUCGAGUGCGACGGCGACUGCCCCGAGAUGCAAAACUACUUCGGGCGCUGCAACUCCAUCCGGGUGGAGAACGGCUGCUGGGUGGCCUACGAGAAGCCCAACUACGCCGGCUACCAGUACAUGCUGCACAAGGGCGACUACCCCGACUACCAGCGCUGGGCCGGAUUCAACGACUGCAUCCGCUCCUGCCGGAUGGUUCCGCCCUACAACGGCAGCUACCGGAUGAAACUGUUCGAGCGCUCGGAUUUCGGCGGCCAGAACGUGGAGCUGAACGAAGACUGCCCCGACCUGAACGAGCGCUUCCACACGCGCGACAUCUCCUCGCUCAACGUGAUGGAGGGCUACUGGAUGCUGCACGAGCAGCCCAACUACAGGGGGCGCCAGUACUUCCUGAGCCCCGGCGAGUACCGCCGCCACAGCGAGUGGGGCAGCGCCAACUCCACCAUCGGCUCGCUGAGACGCGUCACCCAGCCCAACUGAGUUCUCGUCUUCUCUUCGUUCCUGGCGUUGUUCCCGCGUUGCGCUUUUGGGUCAGCGAACGGCUACUUGAUCAUAGUAUUGGUAGUUUUAUGAUGGUUUUGUGUAUUUGCCAUGUAUUGUAAGCCCACCACAAAGUCCCCUGCUGGCAUCUUCUUUUUUCCCCUCCCCCUGCUGGAAUAGUCACAAAUAAUAAAAAUGCUCAUAAAAGUCAA